AUGACCAGAGGAGUCCCCUUACGGAGUGUUUGUGACGAACAAGCGCUCCAUACUUUGCCAGAAUCGCCAGAAUCGAAGUUACUGAGACACGAAGAUUGUGUGUCAGUUUCUUUUGGUCAUUUGCAGGAGAAUGUCGCCCCUGAUAUAUACGCCUGUCUGUCCUGGGCGGUACUACAGUCUCAGUACUCGAGUACGGACGGUGUCGCAUUUGACACUUGGCGACGCAUCCCCCGGUCCUCAGCCCCCUCCGAGGGGAGGGAACAGGAGAAUACGAUCGAUAAACAGCACUGGGAAUUCACGUUGGACUACAACAUCACCGUUCAGGGCCUUAUAGAAGAGCUGAAUAAUCGAUGGCGACUCUGGAAUUCCGAGCAGGAACACGCACAUGAGCCAAAGUUAUCACGUAGCCUGCUGGUCAUGGAGGAUGCAGCGACAACCACUGAGUGCCAACUAUUCACCACUCGGCUAGAGUCGUAUUUGGCCGGAGUGACCCAAGGAUACGAUUGUAUCGCGGUAUGUCAGUUUACAGAGACCUCAUGUCGGAUCGGUGUCUUGCAAACGAGAGAGCAAUGUGCGGCCAUUGCCCCAAAGCGAAUUGCACGACAGCUCGCUCACCUCAUGGGCCAAGUGUUGGCGAAGCCUGAGUCAUCGAUAUCAGAAGUGAUGACACCCCAUCCUGAUGACUUGGUAGACCUGCACAAACGGCACUCCCGGCUUCCACCCCUAGUUGAUUUAUGUAUCCAUGAUGUCAUUCAAAAGCAGGCGAAGCAACGGCCAAAGGCAAUAGCCGUGGCCAGUCGUGACGGUUGUCUGAGCUAUCAAGAACUUCUUGACCACGCCACGCAACUAGCCAAAGCCCUUCGCCGCCGCGGCGUGGGUCCUGAGGUCUUUGUCCCUCUAUGCUUCCAUAAAUCUCGAUGGAUGACCGUGGCAAUCCUUGGGGUCUUGAUGGCUGGCGGGGCAUUCGUCCAGCUGGAGCCCGCAUAUCCCCUGGCUCGACUGGAGAGUAUCUGUGAAACACUCCACGCCCCAAUCGUCCUCUGCUCGAGUACGACUGCUGAGAUCGUUCAUCAUCUGGCUGCAGAUGUGCUGGUAGUGGAGGGAAAUGCGCACCUCGAAGAGCUGGCUACCUCAAGCCCGAUUGAAUUGCCCCAAGCUGCUCCAUCCACCGCAGCAUAUGCUGCGUUUACCUCGGGAUCUACCGGAGUUCCUAAGGGGGUGGUCAUCGAACACCGGGCAUUCUGCACAGGUGCUGCAGCUCAUAUAGAGCAAUUUGAUUUCGGUCCCACCUCACGGGUCCUCCAAUUCGCCUCAUAUGCCUUUGACAUCACUUUGGUGGAGGGUCUCAGCACCUUCAUGGCCGGCGGGUGUCUAUGUGUCCUGGCAGAGGAUGAACGGACCGACUCGUUCGUAGAGUCAGCCAAGAAAUUGCAGCCUUCCCAUGCCUUCCUGACCCCUUCAUUCGUGCGCACACUCGCGCCCCGCGACUUUGAGGCGAUGGGCAUUCUAUGGCUCAUCAUGAUCGGCGAGAAGGUAAACCCAGGGGACCUGGCAUCGUGUGCCCCAAACAUGGCCGUCAUUAACGGCUAUGGGCCCGCAGAAUGUACCCCUAUCAGCACCGCCCAUUGCCAUCUCCGGCAGGCGGCGACUCCCGCCAAUAUCGGCUGGUCUAAAUGCGGUUUCUGCUGGAUCGUGAAUUCUCGCGACCAUCACCGGCUGGUCCCUAUUGGAGCCAUCGGAGAGCUUGUGAUUGAAGGUGGGCACGUAGGACGAGAGUAUUUCGACGACCCCGACAAGACUCGGGCUGCGUUCAUUGAUCCACCGGCCUGGCAUGCCUCUACGGGGGGAGGGUGCACUCAGGUCAAGAUCCGUGGGCAACGGCUGGAGCUCGAGGAAGUGGAGAUUCACAGCCGGCCGUGGUUCCCUGGGGCCCGCGAUGUGGUGGCUGAAGUUUUGAUACCCCUCGAGCGCACAAUGGACGCCACGCUUGUCUUGUUUGUAGUGAUCCCUCCGGGACAGGUCGCGCAAUACCAGCGUCAUCCCUCCUCGCCUGUGGUUCUUCUCCCAAACGAGACGUUCAUCGAAGCGUACCAGGAGGCCCGCAGUUGGCUGAGAAAAACUCUACCGGCCUAUAUGGUUCCCAGCUUCUUCGUGCCCUUGAGUGGGUUGCCCCAAACGAUGUCCGGUAAGAAAGACCGACGACUGUUGCGGGAGUCGAUCGAAACUCUCAGUCCAGAGGACCUGGCGCUGUUAGUCGUUCGGCCAUUUGAUUCGACUACGGGGCAAUUAUCGAGCUUUGAGUCCAAGCUUCGAGAAAUUUGGGCAGCUGAGCUCAAUCUUCCCCCCACGGCAAUUGGUCGGGCCGACAAUUUCUUCGACCUAGGGGGAAACUCCAUUUCUGCCAUGCGAGUUGCUGCGCGAGCCCGAGCUCAGGGCAUCGCAUUGCUGGCUUCUGAUAUUCUCAUCCGCCCUUCUUUGGCGAUGCAGGCACCACAUCUGACAGCCUCGCCCCUGAUAUCAAUCGACAUGUCCCCAUUCUCGCUCAUGAAUAUGGAAGAGGAUACUCGAAAUACUAUAUUGCACGAGCUUCGUCAGCAGACCAUCAUCAGUGAAGAUGUAGAAAUAGUGGAUAUAGUACCACUGACAGGCUAUCAGACCGAGAUGCUUGAUACCGGUGGACUAGACUGCUUUGCCUUCGACUAUGACGGUCCCAUCUGCGUUGAGCGCCUUCACAAAGCCACCGAGGUCGUUUGGGCAAGAUAUCCGCUGCUCCGCACAGUUUUCUUCUCCUGGGGGGAGCAGUUGAUGCAGAUUCAACUGUCCCAUGCUCCUGUGCGGUUUCGACACAUUGAAACCUCGAACAAUGUGCAGGCCUUGGCCAAGUCCCUGACGGAAGAGUUCUGUAAUCAAUCCUCGCUGGGCGCUGUCACCAGUCAUGUCACCCUCGUUUCACACGUGGACGGUCAAUCCCAUGUCUUUAUCAUUUGUCUAUCCCACCUCCAGUAUGACGGCUUCUCGCUCCAUUUCCUGGUCGAAGACAUCUCGCUUGCCUACCACGGAGAAAGGCCUCUUGCCUCUCGACCUUCAUUCUUCGAGUACGUCUACUUCCGGGCCCAGUACCAACGUGAGGAAGCUCUGGAAUUCUGGCGGGACUAUCUUCGCCCCACGCCGUCUACCCCGCUGCUGGAGAUUUACCAUCAGGGUGAUGAACAUCCGAAGCCGGGAAUGCAAUGGUCGCCAAUGCAGCAGGCGAUCGUCCCGACUCCCGCUACUCUCCCGACAGGCAUCACUCUCGCCACCCUUGUUCGAGCGGCAUGGUGUCUCGCACUGGCUGAGCUCACUGGCCAGCCUGAGAUCGUCUUCCAGCAAACGGUGCAUGGCCGUGAUUCGGCCUUGGAAGGUAUCGAUCGAAUCUUCGGGCCCUGCAUCAACAAGCUUCCAUUCCGGGUGGCUGUCCCCGCCACUCGAAACGACCAGGAUAAAAAGUCCUCAGUCGGCGGCCCCACAAUCCGGAGCUUCGUACACCUUGUGCAAGAACAACAUUCACGGGCCCUGCGCUUCGAUUAUCUGGAUAUGGAUACUAUCCUGACCCAGUGUACAGACUGGCCCGUGGGGACCCGAAUGUACUGGCACCACCAGCACCAGAACUUCGGGGAUCGGUGGGCAUGCCCCCUGGCGGGUAUGGAGGGUGUGGGCCGCGAGAUUGACAAGGGACGGCCGCCCAAAUCUGAAUCUGGAUUUGCAAACUGCUGUCUACGGCCGGAGGGCCUGGAGCUAACAAUAUUUGCAAUUUGUACUCCAGAGACAGUCGGUGAGAUUAAGGGACUGGUGCGGUCGUGGGCGGACUUUGUAAAAAAGUUGUCGGGAACAGAUUGGGAUCGUCCUUUGCGAGAGGUCGUGACAAUCUGA